AUAGGUCGUUAUAUAAGAGAUCCAGCAAAUCUUUUAUCUAUAGAGAUCGUGAUGUUGUGUCUUUAUCGCAUUAAGCGCCAAUUCCACAGCAGUUGUUGGCUGAACGAAUUCGAACUCGGACCCCGUUGGGGUUGGUCGGCUAAAUAGGUAUCAUACUGGGCUAAGGUACGGGUGGCUCUGGUUCGAAUACCCGUUGGGUCGUUAUAACAGCAUUCGUUGAAAUCUUUGAUGGAGAUCGCGAUUUUUGUGACAUUAUCGAAGCAAGUGUCAGUUCCCCAGAUGUCGAUUUGUACAGUGGGUGUCAUUCUGGGCUAAGGUUCGGGUAUCACUGGUUGGAAGACCCAAUGGCUUGUUAUAAAAGAGACCCUCUGACGCCUUUUUGCCCAAAGGAACACCGCAAUCCGCUGGGAAGGUGGCAAACUUUGUCCUGUGACUCCCCCCCAGUAUCCAGUGCCUUCAUGUGUUCUACCCUCCCACGCUCCCUGCUCCCCUCCCCUUCCUCCCUUUUUCUCCCCCCACACACGUUGCCAAAAGCCCCCUUUGUGAAAAACUGAUUCUCUCGAGAAACUGAGCCACUGUGUGUGUGUGUGUGUGGCUAUCAUUUAUUCCUUCGCGAUAAGUAUUUGAUUGAAUUACGACAAAUUGGUGUUAUUUCUGGCGACAGUUCAAACUGAGAAUGUUUGUGAUAUCUGACAGUGCUACAUACGAGCUGUGAAUCUGCAUAAUAUGUUGUUAUCCGUUUAUUUAUAUUAUUCCUGACAAUGUUUGUGCACUAGAUGCAGAUGGAACAGGUUUGAUGCGCCAGCAAUCAACUAAUUUUUGGUUACUAGCGUGUGUGUGCAAGCUUGUGUUUGUGCAUUUUUUUUCUUCUUCUCGAGAUGAAAUACGUUUCAUUUCGCUCAUCAUACUGGGCUGACUUUGUAGGGCGUAGGGUGCAUUCUGUAAGGUCCGUGUGAGAUCGUCGAUGGACAAUGAAGACUAAAAAUGUGAGCUUGUAUUUGGCAGCCUUUCCAUCAUUAAGUUUUCCGUGAUUGCUGACUGUUAGAUGGAUGAAAAAUUCUGUCGUUUUAAAUGCGGAGGACAAGAUGCAAUACGGAGGAAACCUCAGGCUUCAAGCAACUGCACGUCUGUGAUGUACCCCUGAGGAAAGUCUGGCGUCUUUUGAGAAGAAAAAAGCCCAAGUGCAACACGGAAGACAAUGGCUCAAGUGCACGGAGUACUGUGAUUUGUGUUGGACAACCUGUCUCGCGUCAGAAACAGUAGCCUGGGUAGGCCAGAAAGGGACUCAACACGACUAAGUGGCGUCUCGAGACUCCAACGACCAUGGCGGAAGAGCGUCUCCUGCUUACCCCAUUCACAAACUUUUCAAACUACGACUUCAAUCUCAGCAGCCCUUUCGUCAGAACGGGAAUUUCCAAAGACGACGGAGGCUCCGGCUUAGCUAAGGGCGGAGCCUACGGGACGGGUAACCAUGGUAACGACGUGUAUUCCUCCGAUGACGGAUCUGAUUCCUCUGAAUGGGGCGCUUGUCGCGAUUGGCAGGACGCUCAACAUACGCUGUUCCAAUUGGCCAAUCUGUGCGCUGCUGUAUCCCUGCUCACCCCCAGCAGUUUUCGUCAUCAUCUCCUCUUCCUCCGAUGCCUCUUCCUCGUCGCCUUCUUCUUCUUCGUCCUCUGGGCGGGCCUCUUCGUCUGCAUGUUGGACGUGCUGGUCUGGAACUGUCUCUUCUUCCUCGUCGAUCUUGUUCACAUAGUCUGCCUUGUCUACAGUAACAUUCCGAGUCGCUUCAACCCAAGCCUGUGUGAGCUAUAUGCCAAGCGGUUCAAACCCCUCAAGGUGUGCCGGACGGAUUUUGCCGAGCUGUGCUCCCUCGCCAACAUCGUGCCUCUACGGAAGGGCAUGAGGUACGCUGUGGAAGGACUCACGCCGUGCGGAGAGAAGGUCUCCAUGCUGCUGAGAGGGAGGUUAAAAGUGUCCCACGAAGGUGUGUUUUUGCACUCUGUUGAACCCAACGAGUUCGUGGAUUCUCCCGAGUUCGAUUCUGUGCCCUUCCAGGGGGAGACAAGCGAGAAAUUCCAGGUAAAGUACGUGCAAAGUAAUAUUAAGGAGGUGUUUGAUUUUUUUAUUUUUUUUGUGGGGGUGGGGGGAGGGGGGUCAAAAGGGACUGAAAAAGGGCUGUCUGUCGUGCCUCAGGUUGGUCGAAAAAUUUGCCUGAACUUGCUGAUGGUUAGGGUUCAAACCCCAGCUGGGUUCCUAUUUUGCUCUUGUUUUUGUUUUUUUCCUUGAAUUUUUUUUUUCAAUCUGAGCACUGCUGGCGUCGUCGGUGGUGUCAUUGAUGGCUAUUUUCUGCCACUGCGCACAAAACAAGUGAGUUCGAUUCCCACAGGGGAAAUCUAUGAUAUCAAGUGUCAGUGCAUCUCUUUCGGGGCACUGUGCCCCUCAUAGGCCACUUUAGCCCUGGGAGGCAUAGCACAAGCGGCCUGGUUCCUAAAAAAACUACUAAUAUUGUGUCAAUGAGAACGUUAACUUUACUGUGAAAUGUCACAAACCAUUUGGUCUUCGGGAAAGCCUUACACAGUUUACAAAGUGAUAAAUUGUGGGAAGUCUACUUCGUCUUUUACUCUGGUUUAAUCAGAAAAAAAAGCCUCACUGACACUGAUUAUAUCGCAACACUGUGCUGGUACACAUCAUACUGAACUAAUUAGUUAUUUUGUUUUUGUUUUGUUUUUCGUUAUACGUUUCCUAUCAACACGUUCGCCUGUGGCGCUUGCUCUAAAUUCUGCCUUGCUAAAUUGUAUUAUGUGAUGUCAGUGUAACCUCUACUAUUGCUCAUAACGAAGACAUUUUGCAACAGGACAGGACGACUGAAAUGUAGGGAUAAGGAAGCCACGAAGGAUAAUUAUGUUAGUUGGAGAAGAGUGGUGGUGGUCAUCAUUAAAAUUUCUGUCCUGCAAUUAAUGAUUAAAUCUAGAAAGAGAUUUUUGCUCUUCAUCCAAAUACACAAUAACUCUUAUCUUCAU